AUGGGCAGCAUGUGCAAAUGGGCAUCAUGGUUUACACAGCCAUGGCCUAAAACAGAUGUUUACGCACAGACAAAGGCGCAAAGUGAAAUUUCAGAUGUGGUCUACGAUUAUGCAGUUAGCUGUAAUAUAUGCAAAUUCACAAUUUUUAUUUCAGUCUGA